UGUGUUUGUUGUGUAGGUGCUGGAGCUGAUCUGUACCAGAGAGUCUGGCGCCGUGUUCGAGGCCGGCGGUCUGAACUGCGUGCUGAGCUUCAUCCGAGACAGCGGCCAUCUUGUUCACAAAGACACGCUGCACUCGGCCAUGGCCGUCGUGUCCCGACUCUGCAGCAAGAUGGAGCCGCAGGACUCGUCUCUGGAGACCUGCGUCGAGUCUCUGUCCAGCCUCCUCAAACACGAAGACCACCAGGUAUCAGACGGCGCUCUGCGCUGCUUCGCCUCGUUAGCCGACAGGUUCACCCGCCGCGGCGUGGACCCCGCACCUUUAGCCAAACACGGGCUGACGGAGGAGCUGCUGUCCCGCAUGGCGGCCGCCGGCGGCACCGUGUCUGGCCCAGCCUCUUCCUGUAAACCCGGGCGAACCUCCACGGGCGCCGCCCCCUCGGCGCCGGACUCCAAACUGAGCAACCAGGUGUCGACCAUCGUGAGCCUGCUGUCCACGCUGUGCAGAGGGUCGCCGCUCGUCACUCACGACCUUCUGCGUUCGGCGCUGCCCGACUCGAUGGAGUCCGCCCUGGGCGGAGACGAGCGCUGCGUGCUGGACACCAUGCGCCUGGUGGACCUGCUGCUCGUGCUCCUGUUCGAGGGACGCAAGGCGCUGCCCAAGUCCACGGCGGGGUCGACGGGUCGGAUCCCCGGCCUGCGGCGCCUCGACAGCUCGGGGGAGAGGUCCCACCGCCAGCUCAUCGACUGCAUCCGCAGCAAGGACACGGACGCUCUGAUCGACGCCAUCGACACCGGAG